AUGCUGGACCCGUCCUCCAGCGAAGAGGAGUCCGACGAGGUGUUGGAAGAGGAGAGGCGGGAGGUGCUGUUGGUGGCGCCCGGGGGCUGCAGCGGCAGCUCGCCGCGAGUCCUGCCGGCUCCCAACCGGGAGCCCCACGCGAGGGAGCCGGGGCGCCAGGGCAGCGGCCCCGCCAGACCGGCGAGCCCCAGCCCCUCGGUGCUGAGCGAGGGCAGGGAGGAGCAGGAGAGGCUGCAGAAAGAGGAGAGGGAGAAGCGGCUCCGGCUGCAGCUGUAUGUGUUCAUAGUGAGGUGCAUCGCGUACCCGUUCAACGCCAAGCAACCCACCGACAUGGCCCGGAGGCAGCAGAAGCUCAACAGACAGCAAUUACAGAUACUUAAGGAGCGUUUCCAGGCCUUCCUGAAUGGAGAGACACAAAUUGUAGCAGAUGAAGCAUUUUGCAAUGCAGUGCGAAGUUAUUAUGAGGUUUUUCUCAAGAGUGACCGAGUUGCCAGAAUGGUUCACAGUGGAGGAUGCUCUGCAAAUGACUUUAGAGAUGUUUUUAAGAAAAACAUAGAAAAAAGGGUCCGAAGUUUGCCAGAGAUUGAUGGAUUAAGCAAAGAGACAGUGUUAAGCUCUUGGAUAGCCAAAUAUGAUGCCAUAUGCAGGGGAGAAGAGGACUUGUGCAAACAGCCCAAUAGAAUGGCGUUAAGUGCUGUAUCGGAACUUAUUCUGAGCAAAGAACAGCUGUAUGAAAUGUUUCAACAGAUUCUAGGGAUCAAAAAAUUGGAACACCAGUUGAUUUAUAAUGCCUGUCAACUGGAUAAUGCAGAUGAACAAGCAGCUCAGAUCCGACGUGAACUAGAUGGACGUCUACAAAUGGCAGAACAAAUGACAAAGGAAAGAAAAUUUCCAAAGUUUGUAGCGAAAGAAAUGGAGAACAUGUUUAUAGAAGAGUUGCGGUCUUCAGUGAAUUUGCUAAUGGCAAAUUUGGAAAGUCUUCCAGUGUCUAAAGGUGGCCCAGAAUUUAAAUUGCAGAAGUUAAAGCGAUCACAGAAUUCUGCUUUCUUGGACAUAGGAGAUGAAAAUGAAAUUCAGCUGUCAAAGUCAGAUGUGGUGCUAUCAUUCACAUUAGAGAUUGUUAUAAUGGAAGUGCAAGGUUUAAAGUCAGUAGCUCCCAAUCGGAUUGUUUACUGCACAAUGGAAGUGGAAGGAGGAGAGAAACUUCAAACAGACCAGGCAGAAGCAUCAAGGCCACAAUGGGGAACUCAAGGGGACUUCACCACUACUCACCCUCGGCCUGUUGUCAAAGUAAAACUCUUUACAGAAAGCACUGGUGUCCUAGCCCUUGAAGAUAAAGAAUUAGGAAGGGUUAUAUUGUAUCCAACAUCCAAUAGCUCAAAGUCACCUGAGUUGCAUAAAAUGAUAGUCCCCAAAAACAGCCAGGACUCUGACUUGAAGAUUAAACUGGCAGUGAGGAUGGAUAAGCCACCCCAUAUGAAGCAUUGUGGGUAUUUAUAUGCUCUUGGACAGAAGGUUUGGAAAAGAUGGAAAAAACGCUACUUUGUUCUUGUUCAGGUAAGCCAGUACACAUUUGCAAUGUGCAGUUACAGAGAAAAGAAAUCUGAGCCUCAGGAAUUAAUGCAGCUUGAAGGAUACACUGUGGAUUAUACAGCUCCUCACACAGGUCUUCAGGGUGGUCGAAUGUUUUUCAAUGCUGUUAAAGAAGGAGAUACGGUAAUAUUUGCCAGUGAUGAUGACCAGGAUAGAAUACUAUGGGUUCAAGCAAUGUACAGAGCAACAGGUCAGUCAUAUAAACCCAUUCCUGCAAGUCAAGCACAGAAGAUGAAUCCAAAAGGAGGAAAUGUCCAUAUGGAAUUAUCACAGCUUUCUGGCAAAGAUGCAGAUCGUGCUCAGAAACAUGGGAUGGAUGAGUUUAUUUCUGCUAAUCCCUGCAAGUUUGACCAUGCUUCCCUCUUUAGAGUACUUCAGAGGCAGACCUUGGAUCAUAGAUUGAAUGAUUCCUAUUCUUGUUUGGGUUGGUUUAGUCCAGGCCAAGUCUUCGUAUUAGAUGAAUACUGUGCUCGUUAUGGUGUGAGAGGCUGUCACCGCCAUCUCUGCUACCUUAAUGAAUUGAUGGACCAUUCAGAAAAUGGUGCUGUCAUUGACCCAACCUUGCUCCAUUACAGCUUUGCAUUCUGUGCUUCUCAUGUUCAUGGCAAUCGGCCUGAUGGAAUUGGAACAGUCUCAGUUGAAGAAAAAGAAAGAUUUGAGGAGACUAAAAACCGACUUUCUUCCCUUUUAGAAAACCAGAUAAGCCACUUCAGAUACUGUUUCCCUUUUGGACGUCCUGAAGGAGCUUUAAAAGCCACACUUUCAUUACUUGAAAGGGUUUUAAUGAAAGAUAUUGCCACUCCCAUACCAGCAGAAGAGGUGAAGAAAGUGGUUAGAAAAUGUCUGGAGAAAGCUGCCUUGAUCAAUUACACGCGACUUACAGAAUAUGCCAAAAUAGAAGCAACAGCAGAGAAGGAUCCAGAGACCUUGAAUCAAGCAACUCCUGCUAGAAAGCUGGAAGAGGUUCUUCACCUUGCAGAGCUCUGCAUCGAAGUAUUGCAGCAGAAUGAAGAGCAUCAUGCAGAGGCACGAGAGGCUUUUGCUUGGUGGCCAGAUUUAUUAGCUGAACACGCAGAGAAAUUUUGGUCUCUCUUUUCUGUUGAUAUGGAUUCAGCACUGGAGGCACAACCUCAAGAUUCCUGGGAUACUUUCCCGCUUUUCCAACUGCUAAAUAACUUCCUAAGAAAUGACAUACUUUUGUGCAAUGGAAAGUUUCACAAGCACUUGCAAGAGAUUUUUGUUCCCUUGGUCGUCCGCUAUGUUGAUCUCAUGGAAUCAUCUAUUGCCCAGUCCAUUCAUAGAGGUCUUGAACAAGAGUCCUGGCAGCCUGUCAAGAGCAUCACCAACAGUCUUCCCAAUGUAGCUCUUCCGAAAGUUCCAAGUUUGCCUCUUAAUCUUCCACAGAUACCUAGCUUUUCUGCACCAACCUGGAUGGCUUCUUUAUAUGAUUCCACCAAUGGUUCAGCUACAUCGGAAGAUCUUUUCUGGAAACUUGAUGCACUCCAGAUGUUUGUUUUCGAUCUGCACUGGCCAGAACCAGAAUUUGCCCAUCAUUUAGAGCAGAGACUUAAACUUAUGGCCAGUGAUAUGAUAGAGGCCUGCGUCAAAAGAACAAGAAUUGCAUUUGAACUCAAGCUGCAAAAGACAAACAAAUCAAUGGACUUGCGCAUUCCUGCGUCUGUGUGUACGAUGUUUAACGUUUUAGUCGAUGCCAAAAAGCAAACUGCUAAACUCUGCAUUCUGGAUGGUGGGCAAGAGUUUGCUGGUCAGUGGCAACAAUACCAUUCAAAAAUAGAUGACUUGAUUGAAGAAACUGUUAAAGAAAUUAUUUCACUUCUCGUUUCAAAGUUUGUUUCAGUGUUAGAAGGUGUGCUGUCUAAACUAUCAAGGUAUGAUGAAGGCACAUUCUUCUCAUCAAUACUUUCAUUCACUGUGAAAGCAGCUGCAAAAUAUGUUGAUGUUCCUAAACCAGGAAUGGAUCUAGCAGACACCUACAUUAUGUUUGUUCGGCAAAACCAGGAUAUACUUCGAGAAAAGGUCAAUGAGGAAAUGUAUAUAGAAAAGUUGUUUGAUCAAUGGUACAGCAGCUCCAUGAAAGUCAUAUGUAUGUGGCUGGCUGAUAGAUUAGACCUUCAGCUUCACGUCUACCAGCUGAAGACUCUCAUCAAGAUAGUGAAGAAAACCUACCGAGAUUUCAGACUGCAGGGUGUGUUGGAAGGAACACUGAACAGUAAAACCUAUGAUACCGUUCACAGCCGUCUUACAGUAGAGGAGGCCACAGUCUCAGUCACUGAUGGAGGAGGACUUCAGGGUAUCACCAUGAAAGACAGCGAUGAAGAAGAAGGAUGA